AUGUACGAGUCCACAACAGACCCUCUCGAGACUCCGCCACCACACAUUUCAACGGUAACCUCGAUUGCAAUUCCUGCGCUGGCAGUUACGUGGAACGCCAAGCCCCGCUCGGACGACGACACCGAGGCGUUGACGUGGUGGCUCGACGUCUUUGGCAUCCAUCCGCUGACCACCGAGGACAUCCUCAUGCAGGAGACCCGUGAAAAGAUUGAGCUCUUCCGCAACUACCAUCUUGCCUGUUUCCGCUCGUUCAACCAGGACCCCUACUCGCCGACGUAUCUCAAGCCGCUCAACAUCUACAUCAUCGUCUUCUGCGAAGGCACGCUCUCGUACAGCUACCUCCAGUUCCCGCCUUUUUGGAAGGAAGCCGGCCCUCUCCAACUCCUACAUUUGGCGCUGGUGCCGCGACUGUUUUGGAUCCGACAUGUUCAAAGUAUUUCUCCCCCUCAUCCUUGA